AUGCUUUACGUCGGAAACUUGGUCUACACUGUCCUCCAAGCCGCCGUAAAACUGUCGAUCAUUCUUUUCCUCCGCCGCAUCUUCCCGUCACAAACCUUCCGGAGGAUCGCCCAGGCCAUCGAGAUCAUCCUCCUGCUUCACGGCACGCUCUUCACCAUCCCAUUUGCGGUGCAAUGCAUACCCGUACGAUCGAUCUGGGACCGCACCAUCACCGACCGUCAGUGUCUGAACUUACAGGCGGUGGGAUACAGCAGCGGCGGGCUCGCCAUGGCGGAAGAUAUCGCCAUCUUACUCCUGCCGAUCCCCCACGUUUGGCAGCUGAAGAUUUCCCUCCCGCGGCGCCUGGCAGUUAUUGCACUGUUCAGCGUCGGUUCCUUGUGA